AGUCCCGUUGCUGAGCAGAGAGGAAGCCUCCUGGUCUGAAAGGCUAGCCCACGACGUGAGUAGGAAUUUUGUGUUUCCCAAUUCUUGCCUCUCUUCGAGUUCGGUAAAUGAUGUUGAGUCUGUUCAAGAGUUUCUUUCCUUGGAGAAGGGAUCGUAAAAGAAGAGGUAGGUAAAGGAAAUAAAACUGAUGCAGAAGAAAGAGAACAAACGCCCUGUAAAAUCGGGCGUGGUGGGUGCCGUUGUGCAGAGAGCAGAUCCACAGUCUGGCUGAUUUCUGCCCUGCCUUCCACACAGCUGAGCUGGCAGGUGGGAGCAGAGGUGGCUGGGGAAAUCAGACACUUUGACUCUGCAAAAAGGUGUGAUGUGACAUGGCAGUAAGGAAAGGUCAAGCCUAACCGACUUUCCGUUGAAAUGCAGAGAGAAGUCAAGGGCAAAGACGGCCGUGAAUUUGAGAGCAGAGAUGAACUAGGGCCAUCUGCAGAGAUGCAGAAAAGUCCAGGGCUGUUGUGAGCGGUGUCAGAAAAAAUAAGGAGGGAGAGCAGAUUUGGUCCACGGGGCAGAAACGGUCGCCCCUGAAAGAGGCACAGCCCUUGUCAAAACCAGCUGUGCUGGGAUUAAGUGCAGAGUUUUGCAGUUUAAGGGGUGAGGGGGAGCUUUUAGGUGGACGAGGAAGCACCUUUGAAGUUCAAGGGAAGAGGCUGAAGAAAGGUUCUGUGUAGCCUGCUUUUAAGCGGGGGAUUUUAAACAACGUAGGUCUGGGUGUGGCCAGCAAGCCUGGGUUUUGUGAUUGAAAAGCGGUGAGCUUAGUGAAAUCCGUACUUUCUGAGUGUCACUGGAUCUGCUGCUUAUCUUCAUGCCAUUUAUGUAGCUGUUUGACAGUUGCCAUUAUACUCAGAAGUCUAUGAUGUAAAAAUAAAAUGACCUGAAAUAAACACAGUUAACCGCGGGCUGGUUACAACAGAGGAAAAUCUGAAAGUGCACACGCUAAUUCACUGCCCUCUGCUAUGGUUUGAGUUAUUUUUUCUAUCGAAGAAAGAAGUGAGGGAAAGGAGUGAAACAGCCUUUUCACUAUGUAGCCGUUUGGAACAUUAUGCUAUGUGGCAAACUGGGAGUACCAAGUCCUGAAUUUAUGCUGACGGUUCUAAAAUCACUGAAUGUGCAUUCUAGAAAUUAGGGUGAAACGUAGCCACUUCAGUAAGAGAUAAAACAGACUGAAUGAUUGUACUGCUUUCUCUGCUGGGCUAGGACAUAGACAGACAGACAGACAGACAGACAAAGCCUUGGACCGCUAUAGUUAUUACAGGUGACCCGUCUACAGAAAACCUACUGACACGGCCCUGGCUGGUGUGGCCCAGUGGGCUGAGCACCAGACUGCCAACCAAAGGGUCCCCAGCUUGAUUCCCAGUCAGGGCACGUGCCUGGGUUGUGAGCCAGGUCCCCAGUAGGGGGUGCAUGAGGAGCAGCCACACACUGGUGUUUCCCUCCCCCUCUUUCUCGCUCCCUUCCCUUCUCUCUAAAAUAAGUAUAUUACAGUGGUGAAGAGGUCAUGUUUUGGAGUACAGCAUGUUCUGCCUCUGGCUGCCCUUUCCAUCUUUAAAUGAGUAUUUGGUGCGUGGAGGGCCAAUGUCCUGGGACCAACAACAUGGAGACAGGACCCAUGGCUAGGUAUUCAUAGGGAGGACAAUUACACCUGCCGGGUUUAUGGACAUCCCUAGGUACGGCUGUGACACCAUCGAUGAGGGUGACAGAAAGCUUUCCUCUCCUACAGGACAACCCAGCCAUGUGGAGCGGCCUGGGGCUUGCCCUGGCUUUCUGCCUCCUGCCCUGGGCGGGAGCGGAGAGCCAGGGGCAGGGCUCCUUCUGCAAGGAGCCUCCAGCCUGGAGCAUCGGGGAUCAAGACCCGAUGCUGAACUCCCACGGCUCGGUCACCGUGGUCGCCCUUCUCCAGGCCAGCUGAUCCUUCUGCAUUAUGCAGGCGUCCAGUCUGGAAGACCUGCGAGUAAAACUGGAGAAAGAGGGCUUUGCCAACAUUUCCUAUGUUGUUGUGAAUCACCAAGGACCCCCUUCUCGAUCCAAAUACGUGCAGCUUAAAAAGAAGGUUUCAGAGCAUAUCCCUGUUUAUCAGCAAGAAGAAAACCAAACCGAUGUCUGGACGCUCUUACAUGGGAGCAAAGAUGACUUCCUCAUAUAUGACAGAUGUGGCCGCCUCGUGUACCACCUCGGCCUGCCUUUCUCCAUCCUAGGUUUCCCGUACGUGGAACAGGCCAUUAAGUUCGCUUACUGCGAGGAGAAAUGUGGGAACUGCUCUUUCACGAUCCCAGACGAUGAUGACGUCUGUAAAAAUGUGUCCUUGGCCACCACGAGGAAAACCACCGAGGCCCCAGAGCCGCAGCCCCACCCCCACCAUCGCGACCACCACCGGCACGGGCACCAGCACUGGCACGGGCACGGGCACCAGCACUGGCACGUUAAGCACGGCCAGCCCUCAGAGAAUCAGCAUCCGGAAGCACCACCCGAGUCUGAGCACCCCCUUUCUCCAGGCCUUCAUCACCACCAUAAGCUCAAGGGCCCCCAAAGACAGGGGGACCCAGCGAGUUGAGAUGAGCCAGAGAAUGAACCGUUACCACCUUCUUCUUCACAAAAGGAGGUGGUGACCUCCUGUGGAAAGAGAUGUAUAAAUCGGUUACUCUGAAAGUUGCCCAAAGAUUCGGCGUCAGCUCCUAGCAGCUGAUGCUGACAUUGUCGACAUCUGAUAUUUGAAAAAACAGGGUCUGCAGUCACCUGACAGUGUCGGGAAAGCCUCCCCUCUUUGUGUAGCUGAGAGGGGCUGUGGGCGGAGGAGAACGUCAUUGAAUCUUGACAGUGACGUUCGCCUCGGGUCGCCUGACCAGAGAGUCGGCGGCCCCAGCCCACAGAAGCCAGCACCACCUGAAGCUGAAAAGAUAAGGCAGAAAUGUGAGCAUGACCUUCAAACUAAACACUUAAUUAGGACACACUCCCAAGUCAAUCUAGACACAGUUUCACUUUCGGCAUUUUUAUAAGCUACUUCAUAAUGAUCAAAAAUUAGGAAUUGGAUUUGUGCAAACAUGAAGAAAUCUAUUAUGCUGGCCUCCAAAUUCUAAGAUCUGUGCCAAAGAAAAUUCUGACCCAAACCAUUUUUCUUAAAAGAAGGGGCAACUGGAAGGUGACUGCAGUAUUUGGUUAAUAUGUCUUUCUUUUUCUUUUUCCGGCUUUCUACUUGCCUCAAUGAGAACAGGAACGUAAACUAUGACCUAGGGGUUCCUGUGGGAUGCUUGGCAAUUAGAAUGGAGGAAGAACAACAAAGACAUGUUUUCCAUUUUUUCUUACUUGUCAAAACAUUAUUACUUUUGUCUUUUUAAUCUUACAGUUUUAACUGAUUACACCUUUUAAAGGAAGAAGUGAAUUCUGUCUUUUAAGAUCCAGAAAUACUUAACGUAUGAGUAUUUUGCUAUGACUACCUUUUAAAUAUCCAUAUACACUUUUUUAUAUCUAAGACUCAAAUCUUGAUUUUUACUACUGCCUGUGAAAGAAGGCUUUAUCUAUUGUUUUCUUUACUUGGCAUGAUAUCACGCUCUCUAAAACUUGAGAGCGCCUGUCUUGAGAGAGAUACAGAGAGAGAGAGAAAAGAAUGUUGUCUAUCUUUUGGUUGCUUAGACAGUAUUUCCAUAGUCAAUGAUGGUUGAAUAGGUAAACUGAGGCCUAUGUACCUGAACUCCGUUAUGGCGAAUACUAUUAAGCAAGAAUGCAGUACACAGUUGGCCAAAGUGUGGAUUUAUUUCAAUAAACUCAAUUUAACAAGUU